GCUACAUCGAGUCAGUAGCCCGCGCGCCAUCCUAGAGCGUGGAUGUGUUUUGUGUUGUAGCUCGCUCACCCGCUCGUCCGCCCUCACACCGCGUCCUCCUUCAGUGCCUCCUCUAAGAUUUACAUGAAUGAGAAAAGGAUUUUUCAGAGUGGCGAAUAACAAAGUUUUCACAAGUUCGAGUUCAAGCUGCAAGUUUACUGUAAUUUAUAUGAUAUUUAUAAGAAACACGCAACGCAUAUAUUAGUUUUGACAGAAAAUAUUCGAGCACAAAUUGGCAUCAAACAUCUGGUUUUUACUUGGAAAAAUAAUUACUGCAUCAGCAGUACAUAAGAGUAAUCGCAUCAUCAAUUUCUUUUGAGUUAUUUUGGCAGUGCCUGAAAACCAUAAUACUCAGAUCUUUUAAAAGCUUUUCUUGAAAGAUAUUGAGAUAUUUCGUUUUACUGGCAUUUCAAUAAAAGUGACGAGGAUGUUUGAGUGUUCGAGAAGUGCCAUUUUUCUUCACUUGCAAAUUUUGGAUUCUGAAUCGUUGGAAGCAGCCCCAGAAUGGGCAACAGUGAAGGCAAAACUACAGUAAGAAAGAAGAGGCGUUUAGAGCCUCCACCAAGCACAGAUCGCCCCCUCCCCCCAUUGCCCACAGAAGAGGAGGAGGAGAAGGCACCAGAGGAGGCGGACCUUGACACUCCACCUCCAUACCCACCACCUCCACCUCCAGGAGGAGAUCGAAGCAGCAAGAGGUACUCUUGGAGGUUCAGAGGAGACUCCUCUGUCUUUGGCCAGAAUGAGAGUAAGAGACGCUCGUGGCUACUAAAUUUCUCUCCUGGAAGCGACGCAACGAAGGCUAAGCUGGCAAAAGACGGCAAGGAAGUCCUAGAUGGUCACGUUAUAGACUUUAACACAAGUGUCGGCAUCAUGGAUAACAAUACGUCAGGUGUUCCAGGUGUGAGGGUUUUGGCUGACGAAAGUGAACUCAACAAUGUGGAAGGGUCGUGGAAAGUUGACACCCGCAUCGAAUCGAAUAAAACUGUAAGGACCGAAACGCGUACAUACACAUAUAAUAUUUCGAGUAACGAUAUGACGAAAGAAUUAUCAGAGGGAGUUCAACAGCCUCCUUGGGAAUUGAGAGACGGGAAGUUGAUCAGUAUCAAGAAGGAAUACGUCAAAGGAGAGGAUCCUGAUGCUCCUGGAUAUAGUCUACUUCACGAAUGUGUGCAGACCGACUCGAGAUUUGACGACAGGUUGCCCACAUUAGAUGUGAGUGCCACCUCUAACUUGAGUGACGAAUUAAGGAAUGUCAUUGAUGAACUCAGAGGUAAGGGUAACCUAGAAGUUAAUACAAAAAUGAAUAUUGCAGACAGUGAAAGAUUGAUUACUACGUCAUCUACAGGUAAAGUCAUUACUGCAGAAUUAAGUGGGAAGGAUUAUAGGUCACCCGCAACAAAAGACUCCUUAAGUAAACUUGAAGCUGAAUUGAGUGCAUUGCUCUCUCCUGAACUGGAAAUACAUGGAAGGACAGGUAGGACAAAAAUAGAUGAUGGAAAUUUGGUUGAUGGUAAUGCUAAGUUAGAUCUAGCAAGUGAAAAUUCAGUUGGGUCAGUGGAUAGAAAUAAUAUAGAGGGUAGUGGACAGGUUGCGCAAACUUACAAUGUAAAUGUUACUCCUAAUCUUCCAUUGCCUGAUCUUCAGGAUUUCUCAGGUAGAGAUGUGCCUUAUCUUCCAGAUCUUUUAAAGGGGAACCAUAGGUUGGUUUUGGGAAUGAAGGACCCCAGAGGUAGUGAUAAUUCAUUUCAUAAUGGGGUCAAUUUUGACACAAGAGGCAACUUAGAUAGCCAAUUUAAUAUUGAUUCUCCCAGGAUAGGUGGUAUUAGUGAGUCUCAGAGCCUUAGUAAUGAUGCCAGCUUAAAGGGGAAACAUACUUAUGAUACCAAUGUGCAUGGUGCUGCUGGCCCAAGUUUAACCAUCAAGACAGGUCAAUUUAACAUAGCAGAGCAUUCUGAUGCUGCUGUAUCCGUGAAACCACAUAGUAUUAAAGUAAACCCAGGAGUUUCCCCUGUAGAAUGUCCAGAACACUCUGCACCAUCAGUUGGCAUUCGAGGUCAGCCACAGUUAGAGUUAGAUAGUUCAGUACCAACACUAGAACCCACAAAAGCCCCAAAGCAAGAAAAGAGUAAAAAGUCGUUAGGACCUUUUGUGCAUGUGAGUUCUCAGGGAAAGCUUGAUUUUGAGGAUCCAUACAUAUCAGCUGAAAAUAAAGGAAAGGGAAAAGGCAAAACCUCGGGAACAAGCUUAGGCAUGGCCACAGAAAUUGAUAAAGAAAAGGAUGGAAACCAUGAAAGCGAAAUAGAUAUAAACCUAAAACCUUCAGAUAUAAAAACCAAAGAGCCAAGGAAAAAGAAAGCUAAUUUUGGUUCUUGCUUUGGUAAAGCAAAGGAAAGUGCUAGGGAAGAUGCAGAUAUGAGUCCAAAAGUUCCUACUGUCGAGAGUAAUGUAUCUGUUGGGACCACUGCCAGAGAAGCAGUUGUUCCUGAAGGAGAAAUAUCAAAGGUUCAGGUUUCUAUGCCUAACCCCACUGUAGAUAUACCUAGAGCGGGGAUAAAGAUACAGGGAAAAGCAAACACUGCAGGAAGUCAUUCUAACGUGCAGAACAUGAGCGUUGAUAUAGAAAUGCCCAAAGUUCACUUGGAAGGCAAAUAUCCAAGAGGUGAUAUGCAGCUGCCGCACACUAAUGAAACUGCUGCUUCAUAUCAAAAUGCAAAAUUAAAUGUUAAUGUCACUACACCAGAUGCUCAUUUAAAAAGAGAAACACAUAGAAUUAACAUCGGGUCUCGUUCUAUUGAAUCUCAAAGUCCAGAAGUUGCUGGUGGCUAUACUCCUGGUAAAUAUGAAGUUAAGAAUGAUGAAGGUAAUAUUUCAUUUGGAUAUGGUGUUCAAGUGGCAGCCCAGAAUGGAAAAUUAGAGGCAGAAAUUCCUGAUGUAAAAGCUGUAUAUAAUAUUGACACUCCUGAUCCUAAAGGUAACAUCAGUAUUCAGUCUCAGAAUGAUGGUUCAAAGACGAAGAAAUCAAAAGUCAAAUUGGGCUCUUGCUUUGGUAAGCCAGAGAGUUCAGAUGUUAAAGACAAAUUUGGAACUAGUGCAGUGAAAAUAGAAAGCUCUGAUCAAAGAUCUGAUGCAGAUCUUUCAGUCCCAAAGGUUGAAGGUGCUAUUAAUGGAGAAUCAGGGGAUAUUAAAAUAAAAGGAGGAAAACAUAAAGCUAAGUUUGGGUCUUGCUUUGGCAAACCCAAAACACCUGAAAUUGAAGGAGAAUAUGAAACAGGAAAGUUAGAAAUAAGCAAACCUGAAAUUAACGACUCUAGUGUGGAGCAUGAAGUCUCCACAGAUGGUAAAAUAAAAGGUGAAAAACCCAAGGCAAAGUUUGGGUCGUGUUUUGGUAAGCCACAGAGUAUGGAUGUUGAAGGAGACUAUAAACCUAAGAAAUUUGAUGAACAAGAAAUUAAACCUGUUGUUGUUGUAAAUCCACCACAUGUUACAGGUGAUAUUAGUUAUGAUUAUCCUGAUGUUGAAAUAAAGGGAAAGCAAACUACACGUAUUAAUACACCAGCAGGUGAAGGUGAAUUUGGAGGAAGAUUACAGGAAAUUAAAGGGAAGCAACCAUUCAAAAUAGAUUUUAGCACUCCAAAAGUUCCUAAAAUGAAAGGGAAUCUUGAUAUGGAUGUGGAUAUGACGUCAGAUACUACCAUUGAUAUAUCAGGGAUGGUUACUGACAUUCCAAAAGUGGAGGCUGAGAUUGGGGGUAAAGCUACAGGGCCACAGGUGGAAAUUAACACACAAUGUUCAGACUCUUUUAAUGCGAAUACUGGUCUUCCAACACCAAGCUUUCAGUUGAAGGCUGAUGUUCCAAAGGGGAGCGCAGAUUUAUCUGUUCCCAAAUUACCUAAAUUUGACUUAAAUGUACAUAAAGAAAUUAAGAGUCAGAGUUUCUCAGGGGAAGCUAAAUUUGAAACACCAAAUAGUGAAAUUGAACAAGUAGGGUUCCCCACAAUUGAUAUAAAGAUACCUCAGGGUUCAGGGGAAGCGACUCUUCAGAAGCCUGACAUAAAUCUAGAUAAUGAAUAUAAACCAGGAAGGGUGCAGAUUGAAGCUCCAGAAAUUAGUGCCAGGUCCAGUUCAAUUCAACCACAUGUUAGUGCUGAGGUUAGUGGAAGUUCUGAUGGUAAUGUGAAAGCUAUAAUACCCACUGCUAAUGUUGACGCUAAAGUUACAAAACCCAAAGUCAAAUUAGGAUCAUGCUUUGGUAAACCAAAAAGUCCAAAAGUAGAGGGAGAAUUUGUAGGAGAAGUAGAAAUUAAAGACCAAAAAGUUGCCAGUGGGAUUGAUGUAAGCACACCAACUGUUGGUGGUGGUAUAAGGACAGAUGCUUCCGGGGUUAAAGCUAGUAAACCCAAAACUAAAAUGGGAUCUUGCUUUGGUAAACCCAAGAGCCCAGAAGUAGAUAUUGAAUACAAAAAAGAAAAAAUGGAAGCUGAACCCAUAGUCACUGAGGGCAAUUUAGGUUCCCCAAGUCUUCAUGCUGAUGCUAGCGCUGAGGUUCCUAAUGUGAAAGCCAAGGCUGGAUUUGGAUCAUGGUUUGGUAAGACUAAAGGUCCUGAAUCUCCAGAAAUUAGUGCAGACAUUGAAGCUAGUAGGCCAAGCCCUGGUGCUGAGAUUCAUGUAAGAAGCCCAGACAUAAAAGCUAAGGCUGCUAAGCCUAAAGCAAAAAUAGGGUCAUGCUUUGGUAAACCAGCAAGUCCUGAGGUGGAAAGUGAAUAUAAACCAGAGAAAAUGCAAAUUCAGGGUCCAGAGGUAACAGCUGAGGCUUCUAUAGAAGCUCCAAGUAUUGAUAUUGAUCAGGGUACAAGUGCUCCAGUACUGAAAACUAAGAGUUCUAAACCCAAAUCCAAGAUGGGUUCAUGCUUUGGUAAGCCUCAAAGUCCAGAGGCCGAUGCUGAAUAUGGCCUAGGAAAAGUGUCAGGUAAAGGCCUCGAGGUAAAUCCUAAGGCUAAUGUAGCUCCACCCAGUGCCACUGCUAAAUCCAAAACUACAAUUGGCUCAUGUUUUGGUAAACCUAAAAGUCCAGAGGUAGAAGGUGAAUAUAAGCCAGGAAAAGUAGACAUUAAAGAUAUAGAAUUUGACAAGGAUAUUGAAGUCACUCAUCCAGUUGGUGAUACUAGUACUAAUUUAGAAAGUUCAAAAGUACGUAUUGGAGGUAGUAUAGAUAUUCCAGAUACAAAUGUUAAAACUGAGAAAGGAACUGCCAAAGCAAAAUUAAAUUUAGGAUCUUGCUUUGGUAAACCAAAAGCUCCCAAAGUCAAUGUUGAGUAUUCUACUCCUGAAAUCAGUGUUGAUAGCCCAAAAUUACCACAGUUGGAAGGUGACAUUCACAUACAACCAGCGGAAAUGUCUGUUGACCCAUCAGUUACGGUGGAGCUUCCUAAGAUGCCAGAAUUUAAAGAAGAUUUUGAAAUUGCCAAACCAGAACUGUCAGUAAAAGUCACAGGUGACAUACCAGAUAUUCCAAAGGUUGAAGCAGAAAUGGGUGGCAAAGCCAACUUACCAGAGCUAGAAAUGAAAACCAAAAUUCCUCAAGUUCCUGAAUUAGACAUGGAAAUAAAGAUGCCAGAGCUAAAUCCAGAAGUGAAUAUAGGUGAGGGUGAAAUUGAUAUUGGUCUUCCUGACUUAGGAAAUGUUGAAAUUGAAGCCAAAGCUCCUGAACUUCCUAAAGUAGAAGUUAAUAUGCCAAAUCCCGAGUUGAAAGCAGAUGUAGAUAUUUCUGGAGGAGACAUUGAUUUAAAUCUUCCCAAAUUCUCUAAACCAGGAGUCAGUAUAGAUUUGGAAGGAAAAUCUCCCUCAGUUUCUGGAGAAAUAGAAGGAUUGGACAUUAAAUUACCCUCAGGUGCAGUAGAAAUUAAAUCACCAUCCAUAGAUUCUCCUAGUAUUGAGAUAGAAAUGCCACCAGCUCCAAGUAUAGAAUUGCCUAAACCCUCAGUAAAAGUAAAAGAACCAAAACUUAAAUUAGGAUCUUGUUUUGGUAAGCCAAAGGGACCUAAACUUGAAGGGGAAGGGGAAUUGAAAUCUGGUGAAUUAGAAAUAGAGGAUGCUGAUAUCAGUGCCAAGGCUAGUGUAAAGUCACCCAGUGCCAGCGGUGGUGUAGCUGUUGAUGCCCCUAAUGUUGAACUGAAAGCUAAAAAGCCCAAAGCUAGAUUAGGAUCAUGCUUUGGUAAACCAAAGAGCCCAGAGAUUGAAGGCGAAUAUAAGCCUGGUUCACUAGAAAUAGAAGGACCAGAAGCUAGUGCCAAGGCUAGUGUAGGAACACCAAGUGUUGGUGGUAAAGUAGCUGUUGAUACCCCUGAUGUUGAAGUGAAAGCUAAAACGCCCAAAGCUAAAUUAGGAUCAUGCUUUGGUAAACCAAAGAGCCCAGAGAUUGAAGGAAAAUAUAAGCCUGGUUCACUAGAAAUAGAAGGACCAGAAGCUAGUGCCAAGGCUAGUGUAAGAACACCCAGUGUUGGUGGUGAAGUAGCUGUUGAUGCCCCUGAUGUUGAAAUGAAAGCUAAAACGCCCAAAGCUAAAUUAGGAUCAUGCUUUGGUAAACCAAAGAGCCCAGAGAUUGAAGGUGAAUAUAAGCCUGGUUCACUAGAAAUAGAAGGACCAGAAGCUAGUGCCAAGGCUAGUGUAAGAACACCCAGUGUUGGUGGUGAAGUAGCUGUUGAUACCCCUGAUGUUGAAGUGAAAGCUAAAACGCCCAAAGCUAAAUUAGGAUCAUGCUUUGGUAAACCAAAGAGCCCAAAGGUUGAAGGUAAAUUGAAGCCUGGUUCACUAGAAAUAGAAGGACCAGAAGCUAGUGCCAAGGCUAAAAUAGAAGGACCAGAAGCCAGUGGCCAAGGCUAGUGUACGACACCAAAGUCUAGUGAAGUAGCUAUUGAUACCCCUGAUGUUGAACUGAAAGCUAAAAAGCCUAAAGCUAAAUUAGGAUCAUGCUUUGGCAAACCAAAGAGCCCAGAGGUUGAAGGUGAAUAUAAGCCUGGUUCACUAGAAAUAGAAGGACCAGAAGCCAGUACCAAGGCUAGUAUAAGAACACCAAGUGCUAGUGGUGAAGUAGCUGUUGAUACCCCUGAUGUUGAACUGAAAGCUAAAAAGCCCAAAGCUAAAUUAGGAUCAUGCUUUGGUAAACCAAAGAGCCCAGAGGUUGAAGGUGAAUAUAAACCUGGUUCUCUAGAAAUAGAAGGACCAGAAGCCAGUGCCAAGGCUAGUGUAAGAACACCAAGUGCUAGUGGUGAAGUAGCUGUUGAUACCCCUGAUGUUGAACUGAAAGCUAAAAAGCCUAAAGCUAAAUUAGGAUCAUGCUUUGGCAAACCAAAGAGCCCAGAGGUUGAAGGUAAGAAAUAAGCCUGGUUCACUAGAAUAGAAGGACCAGAAGCCAGUACCAAGGCUAGUAUAAGAACACCAAGUGCUAGUGGUGAAGUAGCUGUUGAUACCCCUGAUGUUGAACUGAAAGCUAAAAAGCCCAAAGCUAAAUUAGGAUCGUGCUUUGGUAAACCAAAGAGCCCAGAGGUUAAAGGUGAAUAUAAGCCUGGUUCCGUAGAAGUGGAAGGCCCAGAAGCUAGUGCCAAGGCUAGUGUAAGAACACCAAGUGCUAGUGGUGAAAUAUCUCUAGAUGCCCCUGAUGUUGAACUGAAAGCUAAAAAGCCCAAAGCUAAAUUAGGAUCAUGCUUUGGUAAACCAAAGAGCCCAAAGGUUGAAGGUGAAUAUAAGCCUGGUUCCGUAGAAGUGGAAGGCCCAGAAGCUAAGUACAAGGCUAGUGUAAGAACACCAAGUGCUAGUGGUGAAAUAUCUCUAGAUGCCCCUGAUGUUGAACUGAAAGCUAAAGAGCCCAAAGCUAAAUUAGGAUCAUGCUUUGGUAAACCAAAGAGCGCAGAGAUUGAAGCUGAAUAUAAACCUGGUUCACUAGAAGUGGAGGGACCAGAAGCUAGUGCCAAGGCAAGUGUAAGAACACCAGGUGGUAGUGGUGAAGUAGCUAUUGAUACCCCUGAUGUUAAAGUAAAAGCUAAAAAGCCCAAAGCUAAAUUAGGAUCAUGCUUUGGUAAACCAAAGAGACCAGAGAUUGAAGGUGAAUUAAAGCCUGGUUCACUAGAAGUGGAAGGACCAGAAGGCAGUGCCAAGGCUACUGUAAAAGCUCCAAGUGCUAGUGGUGAAAUGUCUCUAGACACUCCUGAUGUUGAACUGAAAUCUAAAAAGCCCAAAGCUAAAUUAGGGUCUUGCUUUGGUAAACCAAAACCUCCUAAAGUUAAUGUUGAGUAUUCUACUCCUGAUAUCAGGGUUGAGACUCCAAAACUGCCAAAGGUGGAAGCAAAACUGCCAAAGGUGGAAGCAGAUGUUGACAUAAAACCAGCUGGAAUUUCUGUUGACCCCUCAGUUUCUGUGGAACUUCCUGAGCUACCAGAAUUCGAAGGCAAUCUGGAAUUUGCCAAGCCAGAAAUGUCAGUAAACGUUGCAGGUGACAUUCCAGAUAUUCCUAAGGUUGAAGCGGAAAUGGGUGGCAAAGCCAAGUUGCCAGAGCUUGAAAUGGAAACCAAAAUUCCUCAGGUUCCUGACAUUGACAUGGAAAUGAAAAUACCAGAGCUAAAACCAGAAGUGAAUAUAAGUGGGGGAGAAAUUGAUUUUGGUCUUCCUGACUUAGGAAAUGUUGAAAUUGCAGCCAAAGCUCCUGAACUUCCUAAAGUAGAAGUUAAUAUGCCAAAUCCCGAGUUGAAAGCAGAUGUAGAUAUUUCUGGAGGAGACAUUGAUUUAAAUCUUCCCAAAUUCUCUAAACCAGGUGUCAAUAUAGAUUUUGAAGGCAAGUCUCCCUCCAUUUCUGGAGACAUUACAGCGGACAUUAAGUCACCCUCUAUAGAUUCUCCUAGUGUUGAGAUAGAAAUGCCACCAGCUCCAAGUGUAGAAUUGUCUAAACCAAAAGUAAAAGAACCAAAACUUAAAUUAGGAUCGUGUUUUGGUAAGCCAAAGGGGCCUAAAUUUGAAGGAGAAUUGAAGUCUGGUAAAUUAGAAAUAGAGGACGCUGAUAUCAGUGCCAAGGCUAGUGUAAAGACACCCAGUGCCAGUGGUGAUGUAGCCAUUGAUACUCCUGAUGUUCAAGUAAAAUCUAAAAAGCCCAAAGCUAAAUUAGGAUCUUGUUUUGGUAAACCCAAGACCUCAGAGAUUGAAGGUGAUUAUAAACCUGGUUCGCUAGGAAUAGAAGGACCAGAAGCCAGUGCCAAAGCUAGUGCAAGAACACCAAGUGCUAAUGGUGAAGUAGCUGUUGAUGCUCCCGAUGUUGAACUGAAAGCUAAAAAGCCCAAAGCUAAAUUAGGAUCAUGCUUUGGUAAACCAAAGAGCCCAAAGGUUGAAGGUGAAUAUAAGCAUGGUUCACUAGAAAUAGAAGGCCCAGAAGCUAGUGCCAAGGCUAGUGUAAGAACACCAAGUACUAGUGGUGAAAUAGCUGUUGAUGCUCCUGAUGUUGAACUGAAAGCUAAAAAGCCCAAAGCUAAAUUAGGAUCAUGCUUUGGCACCAAGAUUCCCAGAAGGUUGAAGUGUGGUGAAGUAGCUGUUGAUACCCCUGAUGUUGAACUGAAAGCUAAAAAGCCCAAAGCUAAAUUAGGAUCAUGUUUUGGUAAACCAAAGAGCCCAAAGGUUGAAGGUGAAUAUAAACCUGGUUCCGUAGAAGUGGAAGGCCCAGAAGCUAGUGCCAAGGCUAGUGUAAGAACACCAAGUGCUAGUGGUGAAAUAUCUCUAGAUGCCCCUGAUGUUGAACUUAAAGCUAAAAAGCCCAAAGCUAAAUUCGGAUCUUGCUUUGGUAAACCAAAAUCCCCCAAAGUUAAAGUUCAGUGUUCUGCUCCUGACAUCAGUGUUGAUACUCCACAAUUACCACAGGUGGAAGCAGAUGUUGACAUAAAACCAACUGGAAUUUCUGUGGAUCCAUCAGUUACUUUAGAUCUUCCUGAUCUACCAGAAUUUGAAGGCAAUCUUGAUAUUGCCAAACCAGAAAUGUCAGUAAAAGUGUCAGGUGACAUACCUGACAUUCCAAAGAUUGAAGCAGAAAUGGGUGGCAAAGCCAGCUUGCCAGAGCUUGAAAUGAAAACCGAAAUUCCUCAUGUUCCUGACAUAGACAUGGAAAUGAAGAUGCCAGAGCUAAAACCAGAAGUUAAUAUAAGUGGGGGAGAUAUUGAUAUUGGGCUUCCUGAAUUAGGAAAUGUUGAAAUUGAAGCCAGACCUCUUGAACUUCCCAAUGUGGAAGUCAAAUUACCAGAUCCCGAGUUGAAAGCAGAUUUAGAUAUUUCUGGAGGAGAUAUUGAUUUAAAUCUUCCCAAAUUAUCUAAACCAGGAGUCAGUAUAGAUUUUGAAGGAAAGUCUCCCUCAAUUUCUGGAGAAGUAAAAGGCAUAGAUAUUGAAUUACCCACAGAUACAGUUGAAAUUAAAUCACCAUCAAUAGAUUCUCCUCAUAUUGAGGUAGAAGUACCACCAGCUCCAAGUGUGGAACUAUCUAAACCCAAAUUGAAAGUAAAACAACCAAAACUAAAAUUAGGAUCAUGUUUUGGUAAGCCAAAAGGGCCUAAAGUUGAAGGGGAACUGAAGUCUGGUAAAUUAGAGAUAGAGGAUGCUGAUAUCAGUGCCAAAGCUAGUGUAAAGACACCCAGUGCCAGUGGUGAUGUAGCCAUUGAUACUCCUGAUAUUGGAAUAAAAGGUAAAAAGUCAAAAUCUAAAUUAGGUUCUUGCUUUGGAAAGCCCAAGAGUCCAGAACUUAAAGGUGAACAUAAACCUGGCUCAAUAGAAAUAGAAGGACCAGAAGUAAGUGCCAAGGCUAGUGUAAGAACACCAAGUGCUAGUGGUGAAGUAGCUGUUGAUACCCCUGAUGUUGAAGUAAAAGCUAAAAAACCCAAAGCUAAAUUAGGAUCAUGCUUUGGUAAGCCAAAGAGCCCAACAAUUGAAGGUGAAUUCAAGUCUGGUAAAGUAGAAGUGGAAGGACCAGAAGCUAGUGCCAAGGCUAGUGUGAGAACACCCAGUGCUAGUGGUGAAGUAGACGCUGACGCCCCUAAUGUUGAACUGAAAGCUAAAAAGCCCAAAGCUAAAUUAGGAUCAUGCUUUGGAAAGCCCAAGGGCCCAGAGAUUGAAGGUGGCUAUAAGCCUGGUUCGCUAGAAGUGGAAGGACCAGAAGCCAGUGCCGAGGCUAGUGUAAGAACGCCAAGUGCAGGUGGGGAUGUAGCUGUUGAUAUUCCUAGUGUUGAAGUAAAAGCUAAGAAGCCCAAAGCUAAAUUAGGAUCAUGCUUUGGGAAACCAAAGAGCCCAACAAUUGAAGGUGAAUUCAAGCCUGGUAAAGUAGAAGUGGAAGGACUAGAAGCUAGUGCCAAGGCUAAUGUGAGAACACCCAGUGCUAGUGGUGAAGUAGAUGCUGAUGCCCCUGAUGUUGAACUGAAAGCUAAAAAGCCCAAAGCUAAAUUAGGAUCAUGCUUUGGAAAGCCCAAGGGCCCAGAGAUUGAAGGUGGCUAUAAGCCUGGUUCGCUAGAAGUGGAAGGACCAGAAGCCAGUGCCAAGGCUAGUGUAAGAACACCCAGUGUUGGUGGUGAAGUAGCUGUUGAUGCCCCUGAUGUUGAACUGAAAGCUAAAAAGCCCAAAGCUAAAUUAGGAUCAUGCUUUGGAAAGCCCAAGGGCCCAGAGAUUGAAGGUGGCUAUAAGCCAGGAAAAUUAGAUUUAGGAGCCCCUGAAGCACAUGUGGAAGGGGAUAUGGGAAUUCCUGAUGUAAAUGUUAAAAGUGAGAAGGGAACAGGGAAAGCUAAAAUGAAUUUAGGAUCUUGCUUUGGUAAGCCAAAAGCUCCUAAAGUUAAUGUUCAAUGUUCAGCUCCUGAUAUCAGUGCUGAUACUCCAAAAUUACCACAGCUGGAAGGAGACAUUGAUAUAAAACCAGCUGAAAUAUCUUUUGACCCAUCAGUAAAUGUUGAACUUCCUAAGUUACCAGAAUUUAAAGAUCUUGAUAUUGUCAAACCAGAAUUAUCAGUAAAAGUAACAGGUGACAUACCAGAUAUUCCAAAGAUUGAAGCAGAAAUGGGUGGCAAAGCCAACUUACCAGAGCUAGAAAUGAAAACCAAAAUUCCCCAAGUUCCUGAGUUAGACAUGAAAAUGAAGAUGCCAGAGCUGAAACCAGAAGUGAAUAUAGCUGGGGGUGAAAUUGAUAUUGGUGUUCCUGACUUAGGAAACGUUGAAAUUGGAGCCCAAUCUCUUGAUCUUCCCAGUCUGGAUGUUAAAAUGCCAGAUCCCGAGUUGAAAGCAGAUGUAGGUAUUUCUGGAGGAGACAUUGAUUUGAAUCUUCCCAAAUUCUCUAAACCAGUUGUCAGUAUAGGUUUUGAAGGAAAGUCUCCCUCAAUUUCUGGAGAAGUAGAUGGAAUGGACAUUGAAUUACCCUCAGGUACAGCGGACAUUAAAUCACCAGCAAUAGAUUCUCCUAGUAUUGACAUAGAAAUGCCACCUGCUCCAAGUGUAGAAUUGACUAAACCAAAAUUAAAAGUAAAAGCUGCAUCAGAUAUAUCGCUCCCUAAAGGUAAAUUAGAAGUAAAGACUCCUGAUGUAUCUGUGUCCGCACCCUCAGAAAAAGUUCAAGUCAAGAAACCUAAAGUAAAAGUAGGGUCUUGCCUUGGUAAACCUAAAACUACAGACAUUGAGGGUGAAGGUGAAUAUAAAGCUAGCAUAAAUAAACCAAGUUCUGGCAUAGAUGGAAGUUGUGAUGCUGCUAAUGCUGAAGUUAAAACUACCAAGCCUAAAGCCAAGUUAGGAUCAUGUUUCGGUAAAGCUAAAGGACCAGAUAUUGAAACUGAAUACAAGCCUGGCAAACUGCAGGUUGAAGGACCUGAAAUCAGUGCAAAGGGUAGUGCAAGUGUUCCAACUUCUGAUGUUACGGUUACUGUAGAUUCCCCUGAUGCUAAUCUUUCAGGGGAUUUGAGGCCUGUAAAUAUAGAUACAUCAAAAGGUGAAGCUGGAGUCAAUUUCCCAUCUUUAGAAAAACAAGAAGUUGGAAUGCAAUUAAACAUAACUACACCAGGUGUUGAAUAUGAGCCAGGAAAAGUGGAAGGUGAAAAAAUGAAAGCUGGUACAGGAAUUAACAUAGAUUCUACUGAUACUAAAGUUAAGGCCACAGGACCAAAAGUCAAAUUUGCCUCGUGCUUUGGUAAACCAAAAGGGACAGAAAUUGAGGGCGAAUAUAAACCAGGAAAAGUAGGAGUUGACGUAGGAGCUGAUGCUAAAGCGGAAGUAAGCACUUUGGGAGUUAAAUCUGAUGUAAAUCUUGGUGCUUCAGAUGUCACCAUAAAAACCAAGAAACCUAAAACCAAAGUAGGUUCAUGUUUUGGGAAGCCUGAAAGUCCUGAAAUAGAAGGUGAAUAUAAACCAGCCAAGCUAGAAACUGAACAUCCAGAAGUUAGUGUAAGGACUGGCAAGGUUAAACAACCUGGUUUUAAAGGGAAGCUUGAACCAUUAAAAGGAGAAAUUGAAAGCCCAGAAUGUGACUUACCUGAAGGCCAGGCAUCAAUUGAAAUAAAGAAUCAGAUUCCUGAUAAGCCCGUAGUCAAACCAGAAAUUGGAGUGACAACUAGUGGCACAGACAUAGGAUUAUCUGGGGAUAUGACAGCUAGUAAAGAUCUGAAAUUCAAAGACAAGUUUAAAGGAAAAGGACCAGGCUCUUGCUUUGGAAAGGCUAAAACAGAAGAUGAUGCAUAUAUGCCCAAAGAACUCCAGGUAGAGGCUCCAGGCUUUGAUGUCGAUAUAAGAGCACCUGUCCGUCCUGCACGAAAAGGAGAUAAGUUAAAGGGCACUCUUGAUGUCGGCAUGACUGGGUCCGGUGAUUUGUCAAAAGGCUUCCCUGGUGAUGCCAAAGGAGGUAUUCACAUUCCAAGAUUAGAUAGAAAUUUGGAGUUGAAGAAUUCAUGUAUUGAGGGUAAUAUUGAUAUCUUAGGUUUUGAUGAGGAAAUUGGUUUAAAAUCUGAUGUUCCUGGUAUUAAAAGAGACAUCAAGGUGCCUGAUUUUGAGAAAAAGAUCGAACUAAAAGCUAAUGUGCCUAAUGUCAAAGGGAAAAUUGAUAUCCCAGACUCUAGUGGCAAUGUCAACAUGAGUUCUGAUGUCAAAAAUCUUAAAGGAGAUAUUCACCUUCAAGGUUUCGGUAGAGGUGGGGUCAGCUUCAACAGUGAUAUUCCUUCUCUUAAUAGAGAUAAUGAGCCAGAAUUUGAUGGAAAAGUUGAUCUUAAAACAAGUGUUCCAGAUAUGAAAAAUGGCUUUGAAACCUCGGGAUUUGGUGGCAAGUUCAGUAUGACCAAGAGAUGUUCCAGAUGUAAAGGAGAUAUUAAAGUCCCUGAUUUGGAUGGAAAAGCAAAUCUAGAAACUGGAGUUCCUGAUGCCAAAAGUAGAAUUGGGGUUGCAGGCUUUGGAGGUACUGUUAGUGUAAGUUCCGAAAUCCCAGACCUUGAAGGAGGUAUUCAACUUCCAGGCUUUGGCAGUGAUGGGGCAAAAGGACCAACAUUUGGUGGAAAAGUAGAUCUUAAAAAUAAUGUCUCUGAUAUAAAAGAUAGUAUUGAAACCCCAAGAUUUGGUGGCAAGUAUAGUAUGACAGCAGAUGUUCCAGAUGCUAAAGGAGACAUUAAGGUAACUGAUUUUGAUGGCAAGGCAGAGCUAAGAGCUGAUGUUCCUAAGGUCAAAGGUAUAUUUGGAGUUCCCGGACUUGGUGGCACUGUUAAAGUAAGUUCUGAUACUCCAGAUCUUAAAGGGGAUAUUAAACUUCCAAGUUUUGGCAGUGGUGGUACCCAAGGUGACAUUGAGUUACCAGAGUUUGAUGGAAAAGCUAAUGUCCUAAGCAUGAAAGAUGGCAUUGAAAUCCCAAAAUUUGAUGGCAAAUUCAGCAUGAAAACAAAUGUUCCAGAUGUUAAGGGUGAUAUUAAAGUUCCUGAUUUUGAUGGAAAGGUGGAGUUAAGAGCUGAUGCUCCUGAUGUCAAGGGUAAAGCUGGAGUCCCAGGCUUUGGUGGCAGUGUCAAUACAACUACUGAUAUUCAAGAUCCUAAAGGAGAUAUUCAUCAUCCAAGUUUUGGCAGAGGCGGGGCCAGCUUGAUCACUGAUAUUCCUGGCAUUAAAGGAGAUAUUGAGAUACCAGGCUUUGGCAGAAACAUUGAUCUUAAAUCUAACAUCCCUAAUGUAAAAGAUGAUAAUGAACCCACAAGAUUUGGUGGCAAGUUCAGUAUGGCAACAGAUGUUCCAGAUAUUAAAGGAGAUAUUAAAGUCCCAGAUUUUGAUGGAAAGGCAGAGCUAAGAGCAGAUGUUCCUAAUGUCAAAGGUAAAAUUGGCAUCCCAGGCUUUGAUGGCACUGUUAAUAUAACUUCUGAUAUCCCAGACCUCAAAGGUGAUAUCAGACUUCCAGGCUUCAGCAGUGAGGGGACGAGCUUGGAAACUGAUAUUCCUGGCAUCAAAAGAAGCAUUGAUGUUCCAGGAUUUGGAAGAAAAGUAGAUUUUACAACUAUUGCCCCUGAUGUGAAAGAUGGUACUGUAAUCCCGGGUAUAGAUAGCAAAUUUAGUGUGAAAACAGAUGUCCCAGGUAGUAAAGGAGAUAUUGAAGCACCUGGGGGAAAAAUUGAUUUAACAACUCAUGUCCCUGAUCUUAAAGAUGGCAUUGAAGCCCCAAGAUUUGGUGGUAAGUUCAGUAUGACCACAGAUGUUCCAGUUAAUAAAGGAGAUAUGGAAAUUCCAGAAUUGGAUGGUAAGGCACAACUAAGAGCAGAUGUUCCUGAUGCCAAAGGUAGAAUCAGAGUCCCUGGCUUUGGUGGCUUUGACAGUAUAAGUUCAGAAAUCCCAGAUUUCAAAGGUGAUAUUAAAAUUCCAGGCCUUGGCAGUGAAGGAACCAGCUUGGUAACUGAUAUUCCUGGCAUCAAAGGAAACAUUGAGGUUCCAGGAUUUGGGGGGAAAGUAGAUUUUACCAGUAAUGUCCCAGAUGUGAAAGGUGGUACUGAAAUCUCAGGUGUGGCUGGCAAGUUUAAUGUGACAGCAGAUGCUCUAGGUGAAAAAGGAGAUAUUAAGGUCCCAGAGCUAGAGAAAGAAAUAGAGCUGAAAUCUGAUGUUCCAGAUUUCAAAGGUAGAAUUGGGAUCCCAGGCCUUGGAGAUGCUUUCAGUUUAAGUUCUGAAAUCCCCAAUCUUAAAGGAGGUAUUCAUCUACCUGGCUUUGGCAGUGAUGGAGCCAUCUUGAAAACUGCUAUUCCUGACAUUGAAGGAGAUGUCAAAGUACCAGGUUUGGGUGGAGAAGUAAAUCUUAAAACUAAUAUCCCUGAUCCGAAAAAAGUUAUUGGAACCCCAGGAUUUGGGGGCAGGUUCAGUAUGAGAACAGAAGUUCCAGGUGAUGAAGGAAUUAUGAAAAUCCCAGAAUUUGAUGGAAAGUCAGAGCUAAGUGGUGAUAUUUCAGAUGUCAAAGAUAGAAUUGGAGCCCCUGGAUUUGGUGGCACUGUCAAUAUAACUUCUGAUGUCCCAGAUUUCAAGGGUGAUAUUAAACUUCCAGGCUUUAUCAGUGAGGGGACGAGCUUGGAAACUGACAUUCCUGGCAUCAAAGGAAACAUUGAGGUUCCAGGGUUUGACGAGAAAGUAGGUUUUACAACUAAAAUCCCUGGUGAUACUGAAAUUGCAGGUGUGGGUGGCAAGUUUAAUGUAAAAGCAGAUGAUCUAGUUGGUAAAGGAGAUAUAAAGGUUCCUGAGUUAGAAAAGGAAAUAAAGCUAAAACCUGAUGUGCCUGAUGUCAAGAGUAAAAUUGGGAUCCCAGGCCUUGGAGGUCCAGUCAGUAUAAGUUCUGAAAUUCCAGAUUUUAAAGGAGACAUACAACUACCUGGUUUUGGUAGUAAUGAAGCCAUUUUGGAAACUGAUAUUCCUGGCAUUAAAAGUGAGUUUAAAGUACCAGGAUUUGGUGGAAAACUAGAUCAUAGAGCUAAUGUCCCUGGUGUGUCAGAUGUCAUUGAAAUUCCAGGUUCUGGUGGCAAAGUCAGUAUAGGCACAGAUAUUCAAGAUAUUAAAGGAGAUAUUAACAUUCCUGAUUAUGAGAGGAAAGCUGAUGUCAAGGGUAAAAUUGUUAUCCCAGGCUUUGAAGACACACUCAGUAUAAGCUCUGAUGUCCCAGAUCCUAAAGGUCAUAUUAAACUUCCAGGUUUUGGAAUUGAGGGAGCCACCCUGAAAACUGAUAUUUCUGGCACAAAAGGAUAUACUGAGGCACCAGGAUGUGGUGGAAAAGACGAUCUUAAAAUUAUUACCCCUGAUGUGAAUUAUAGCCUCGAAAUUCCAGGUUUUGGUGGCAGUGUUGAUAUGAAAGCAGAUGUUCCACAAGUUAUAGGAGAUAUUAAGGCUCCUUCCUUUGAAGGAAAGACAGAUUUACAUGCUUAUUUCCCUGGUGUAAAAAGUGGAGCUGAGAUCCCAGGUUUUGGUGGCAACUUUAAUAUAAAAGCUGAUAUCCCUAAUAUACAAGGUGGUUUGAAAGCUGAUGUCAAUAGCAUUAAAAGAGAUAUGCAGGUACCAGCAACUGGUGGAAAAGUAAAACUUGCUGAUGGUCCUGAUAUGAAAGUUUGCACUGAAAUCCCAGGCUCUGAUAAUGAGAUCAUAGUUAAAACAGAUGUUCCAGAGUUUAAAGGAAGUAUUCAGGUUCCUGAUUUUGUGGCAGAUCUAAAAGGUGAUGUUCCUAAUGUCAAAGGUACAAUUGGGGUCCCAAGCUAUAGGGGUGAGGUCAAUGUAGGAGCUUCUGUUCCUGAAGUUAGAGAUGUUCAACAUCCAGAUUUUGGUGCUAAUAUUAUCAGCUUGAUAACUGAUGCUUCUACUGUUAAAGGUAUUCAUGUCCCAGAAUUUAGUGAAAAAUUAAAUAUCAAGGGUGAAACAGAUGUUAAGGGUAAUUUGAAAGUCUCAGAACUAGAUGAAAAAUUCAGAUUGGUUUCUGCUGUCCCUGAUGUCAUUGGCGAUGUUCAGCUUCCUGGUGUUGAAAGAGAAAUAGAUUUUAAAGUGAAUCUUCCAAGUGUCAAAACAGAUUAUAAAAGGCCAGACUUGGGAAUGGUAGUAGGUUUAGGUACUGAUAUACCUGAUGUUAAGGAUAAUGCUACAUAUUCCGUAUUUGGUGCAACAGCAGAUAUGAAAGAAAGUGUUCAGAGUAUUAAUGCUGAUGGAAGCAUUAACUCACAAGUAAUAAAUUGUAAAACUGGAGUCCCUGAGAUUACUACUUCUAGAAAUAUUGGUAGCAUAGGAUUAACAGACAAUAAGGGGGAAAUGAGAACAGAGAUACCGAAUAUCAGGGGUGAUAUUGAAAUUUCUGGGUUUACUAAUGCUAUAGAUUCAGUAAAUGUGAGUAAAGGGGAAGAUAUUAGUGGAACACAUCAACUAUCAAGUAUCAUAGGGCAUGUCAUAAAGAGUGGUGAAGGUCUUGUCAUAUCAGGUGAGAAAAUGCAGUUAGAUAAUAAAUUUGAUGGGGAGACAGAAGGAACAAUAGAAAAUGUUAAGGGGAAAACUGUAGUACAAAAACCUGAGUUACCUGAAGGUCGAGGCAGAAAAAAGAGAAAUAGACGAGGAAAGGGUAGCAAGAAAGGUGCUGAAGACCAAAAUGAUGCAUUACAAGAAAAGGGUCAAGAUGAUAUUGGAGAAAUUUCACUAGCAGCAACUUUACCUGAAGUGACACCAGAAACAACUCUACCAGGGUAUUCUGGGGUAUCAGAAAAAUUAACUGCUAUUAGAACAGAAAAAUCAACAAUGAAAGGUGAUGUGUGUGUGCAGUUACCAAAAUCAACAGUAGUUAGCACUAUUAGAAAUGAAAUACAAGAAGUACCAUCUAAAGCAAACAUUCCAGAUGUAGCCAUAGAACAAGGUAGGGCUCCCAUAGGCUGGGUUAUACCACAGCAAGCACCCCACAGUAGAACUGUAUAUCAUCAUGAAACCAUUAGUUCACAAUUACCCAGUGUUGACAGAUCUUUUGAAAUCCAGGGUGAAGCUGGUAGUGAGAGUUCAAAAGGAGUGGGUAUUCAAAGAUUUAGUCAAGAAUAUACAAUAUCCAGUGAAGAAGAAAGGGCAGGGACUGUUGAUUCUUAUAUUAGAGGUAAAUUAGGUCCAUUUAAAAUUACUCCAGACAGAACAUUGAGUGAGUGUAAAACUGAAGUUCAGAUUAUUCAGGAACCUUUCCAUGUAUUGACUAACAGGUCAGGGCACCAUUCAUUAGAACUAAAAUCAGGUAAUACUGAUGAAUGGACAGCUGAACCCAGCUCAUAUCAAGUGAGACUAGAAACAGAUUCUUCUGGUAAGAUCUUAUCUGGUCCAGAUAUCAUUGAUAGAGAAGAAGAUUCAAGAGGAUCAAGACAAUCACGGAAUGUCUAUGUAACAGAAGACGCUGGUGGACGGGUAGUUGUUCACAGGAGAAUUGAAUCUUCACAUUUAGAGGUUCCCACCAGUGAUCAAAGUGUUAUUCAACAUCAGACGUCAUCUCUCAGACUUCCAGGCUCAGUAAUGGCAGUAGCCUGUGAGGGUCCCAAAGUUAUUACAAAGGAGUUUGUCACUGUCAAAAAGAUCAAGAAAGUCAAGGUAGGGGAUGCACCUGAAGAGGUGACCGUUGAAACCUCCUACCAAACAGAUCCAAGUGAGGAGACUAUGACAUCCCAACUAGAGACUUUUGUAGGUGAUGGAGCUAUGCAAAUCACACCUGGAACAAGAUAUGACAUAUCACAUUUGCCACAUGAGCUAAGAGAAACCUCUCUACUCCACUUUGGUCUUGAUCAAAGGGAGAAAGCUCAUGAUACCAAAGAAACUACUACAACAACAACGACCAUCAAAACAUUACCUGUUGAUUUUGGCACUUAUCUAUCAGAAGAUUUCGAUGAAAACUUACAGAAAAUCUUGGGAUCAACAGCAACAACAACCACAACUGUUCGCAAAGUCAAGGUCAUAAAGCGAGAUGAAAGUGGUAACAUCAUUGCCUAUGAGGAUGAUAGCGGCAAUAUAUCAAGUCUUCCCCUUGGUAUGUCCUCAGAGGAUAUUACCACAUCAACCACUGAAGGAGGAACUGUUGUGACUACUACCAGAAGAAUAAUUCGGGAAGGACAAAUAGUCACUGGAGAUAUGUCUGAGAAAGCCUUGCGGGAGGCUUUGUCCAUCAGAGUGUGUGAGGGCGGUGAGGCCGAAGAGGAGCAAGAGAGAAGUCGAAAGGAGAGAGAUGAGCCAAGUUCACCAUCCUCUCACCGAACACAGAAGCUGGCUAACUUCUUCAAGAUGGGCGUGCAAGACGGAGCCGGAGUAGUGACGCAAGUGCCUCCACCUCAGCAGCAUACGCAGAUGUACAACACUGAUCAGGUCACCAACAACACUACUCCCCACGGCAUGGCCAACUCUUUCGAAAGGAGCGGCUCCUACGAUGCCGGCACCAAGGGCAUGAGCGCUCACCGAAUGAGUAGUGGGGCAGCAGGAAUCAACUUUAUCCAACAGCAGGCUCAAGUGCGUGUCCUCACCCUCAACCAUGACGUCCAUUUGGACUCUACUCUGUUCCGUUUACAAAAGGGCUGGAUCCUGCAACUUCGUCCCGGCCCUUCACUUUUAGGACGACAUGUGAGUGUCUUUACCAACCAUCCGGAAACUCCUUCAGAAUCCUUCACCCGUAAUCGAUACCGGCGUUUACAGUGGAAGAGCGACUCUCGCAAUAAGGGUGAUGAUACUGCCUUGUUUGUGGAAAUUAACAUCGUUACUGCUGGAUCUUUCCAUUUCUAUUUCACUUACGAUACAAGCGAAGAUCGUGAGAAGGCUCGUGGUUCAGGUUUCUUCAUUGUUGAUCCAACUCUUACUGUGGGUACAAAUAGUGAGGUUCUGCCUCUUGACUGUAUACAAUGCCAGACAGUCCUUGCUAAGUCUCUGGGUCCUCUGCCUGACUGGGAACAACGACUGCAAGUGGCUUAUGAGACUGGUUACAACAUGGUCCACCUAACUCCAAUCCAAGAACUGGGUGGAUCCAACUCUUCAUACUCUCUUGGCGAUCAGCACAAACUCAACACAGAGUUUCAUACUCCUGGCCAGGAAUACACUUUCACAGAUGUGGAAGCUCUUAUCCGAAGGAUGAGGGAUGAGUGGAAGAUGUUGUGUAUCACUGACAUUGUCUUAAACCACACUGCUAAUGAGUCACCAUGGCUUCAAGAACAUCCUGAAUCAACUUACAACUGUCAGAAUUCUCCUCACCUCAGACCUGCAUACCUCCUUGACCGUGUCCUCCACCGCAUGACAGUUGAAGUAGCUGAAGGAAAAUGGGAAGAUCGUGGUAUUCCAGUAGCUAUAAGGGAAGAGAAAGAUAUUGAGGCCAUCAAAAAUGCACUGCAUUGCACCUUUUUGCCACAAGUGAAGCUCCAUGAAUUUUACACCUUGGACAUCGAUAGAAUUGUUGAAGACUUCCGACGUAGAAUAUCAGGCCAUGUUUCCAUUACCAGUCAAGAUAAAGAGGAACCUAAGAAAAGCAAUCUGGUGAUCAUACAAGACCUUAAUUAUGGAAGAAGAACGUGUACUGUUGAUAUGAAUCUGGCUGUGAAGCUCUACAACGUGCCAAAAGAGUCGAUGAAGCUUUUCAAGACGAAAGGACCUGAAGCACGCAAUGAAGAAGACAGAAUUGUACGCUGCUGUGCUGAAUUCCGCCACCAUCUUGAGAAUCUUAAUCAGCAACGUACAAGUGAUCAGGCACAUCUUAUUCAAGCAGUAGAAUGCUGUCUUGGUACUGUUAGAUACCAACGACUUCAACAUGAUGGCCCAAUGAUUGCUGAGGUCUCAGAAGAAAACCCAUUAGUCCCACCAUAUUUCACUCAUUAUGGGGAAGAUUUACCUCUCGAGGAGGAGGAAGCACUUAUGUAUAGCCCAAAGAACUGUUUCUUAAUGGCGCAUAAUGGAUGGGUUAUGGGAGACGAUCCACUGCGUAAUUUUGCUUCCCCUGAUUCCUAUGUGUACCUGCGUAGAGAGUUGGUUGCUUGGGGUGACAGCGUCAAGCUAAGGUAUGGUGAUAAACCUGAUGACUGUCCUUUCCUCUGGGAUCAUAUGAGGCGCUAUUGUGAAUAUACAGCACGUAUUUUCCAUGGUAUUCGUUUAGACAACUGCCAUUCAACACCUAUUCAUGUGGCUGAGUACAUGCUAGAUGCAGCGAGAAAAGUGAGACCCGAUUUGUAUGUGAUUGCAGAACUCUUUACCAAUUCAGAUUUAACAGAUAAUGUAUUUGUUAAUCGUCUUGGAAUCAAUUCAUUAAUUCGAGAGGCCAUGUCAGCACCGAACUCUCAUGAAGAAGGUCGUCUUGUAUAUCUCUAUGGAGGUGAGCCUGUUGGUGCAUUUUUGCUUCCUCCAGUAAGACCUUUGGUGCCUUCAAUUGCACAUGCAAUUUUCCUUGACCUGACUCAUGAUAACCGAAGCCCAGCAGAGGUUCGCACUGCAUGGGAUAUGCUUCCCUCUACUGCUCUAGUCAAUAUGGCCUGUUGUGCAUCAGGAUCUAAUCGUGGCUAUGACGAAUUGGUGCCACAUCAUAUUCACGUAGUUGAUGAGACAAGAGUUUACACUGCAUGGAGUGACUCUGAGCCAACUCGUGGAGAAAUUGGAUUGAACUCAGGUAUUAUCAAGGGCAAGAAGUUGCUUAAUAAAUUGCACUCUGAGCUUGGAGCCAAUGGAUAUAAUCAGGUGUUUGUAGAUCAGGUAACUGAGCAUGUUGUAACUGUCACUCGUCAUAACCCCGUAACACACCAAAGUGUUGUUUUAGUGGCCUAUACUUCAUUCCGUCCACCCUCUGAAGUACGUGAAUCUAACAUUCGCCCCCUCAAGGUCCAAGGAAGAUUAGAAGAAAUUAUUUUUGAGAUGCAGUUGAAAGGGAAAACAUCUGGUGAGGACAACAAAUCUUAUCCAGGAUUCUUUAGUAAUGAUUCAGAGUUCAUAAAUGGCCUCACUAGCUUUGUUCUUGAUGUUAAAGAAAAUAUCCAGCCUAGUCAAGCUUCCUUCCACCUUACUUCAUCAGACCAAGCUGAUACAACGGAGUGUGAAUAUACAGCAAACUUCACACCAGGUUCUGUUAUUGCUUUCAGGUUAAGUCUUCUUCCUCCAGCACAGUCUGCUGUAAAUAAGAUUCGUGGAGUACUUUCAGAGUUUGGUUAUAAGUCACGCAUUUCAGAAGUCACAACACACAAUACUUCUUUAUCAGAAAUAGUAAACAAUCUUACAUUAGCUGAUGUCAAUCGUGUGCUGUACCGAUGUGAUGAUGAAGAAAAAGAUGAGGGACGAGGUGGUGGUGCAUAUGUAAUUCCUAAUCAUGGACCUUUACAGUACUGUGGACUUCAAGGUUUUAUAUCUGCUUUAAGUGAAAUUAGAGUUCACAAUGAUCUUGGACAUCCGUUAUGUUGUAAUUUGCGAGAUGGUGAUUGGAUGAUGGACUACAUAGUAGCUCGACUGAAGUUGGAACCAGGAACACAGCCACUUGGAAACUGGUUUGAAAAUGUGUUCACCUGGUUAAAAGAAGUCCCACGGUAUCUGAUCCCAGCGUAUUUUGAUUCCAUUAUUACAAGUGUAUAUUUGACAAUAAUAAAUCGAGCUUGGGCACUCAUGGGAGACUUCAUCGCCCAAGGAUCAGAUUUUGCCAAGGCUCUUGGCUUGUGCUCGGUGCAGUUCUGUGGUAUCGUCAGAUCUGCUUUACUUCCUCAGCUUUCUCCCAAUUUGAUGGCCCCACAUCCACCAAUCCUUUCAGACAGCCAUGGUUCUCAAACCCAGAUGUCUGUCACAAUUGCAGCAGGUCUACCACAUUUUUCAACGGGAUACAUGCGCUGCUGGGGUCGUGACACUUUCAUUGCUUUGCCUGGAAAUCUUUUGAUUACUGGAAGAUACAAUGAAGCUAGGUGGAUUAUUUUAGCCUUUGCUGGUACUAUGCGUCAUGGUCUGAUUCCUAACCUUCUAGAUGGAGGACAUAAAGCCAGAUUCAAUUGUAGGGAUGCUGUUUGGUUUUGGCUUCAGUCUAUUCAGAGGUAUGUAACAAUGGCUCCCGAGGGUUACAGAAUCUUGAAGGACAAAGUGACAAGAAUGUAUCCAUCUGAUGAUUCUUCUCCACAAGAAGCUGGCAGACAUGAGCAGUUACUAGAAGAGGUUAUUCAAGAAGCCUUGCAGCGCCAUUUCCAGGGUGUCCAGUUCCGUGAGAGAAAUGCUGGUUUCCAGAUUGAUCGUGAGAUGUGUGAUGAAGGCUUUAAUAAUAAGAUUGGAGUUGAUCUAGAAACUGGAUUUGUUUAUGGUGGAACAAUUCAUAAUUGUGGUACCUGGAUGGAUAAGAUGGGAUCAAGUGAACUUGCAGGAACUAAAGGCAAACCUGCCACCCCACGUGAUGGCAGUGCUGUGGAAAUUGUAGGCUUAUGUAAAGCAGCAUUGCGUUUCUUAGGUCAGAUGUAUAAAGAAGAAAAAUUCAGGUAUAAUGCUGUUGAAAGGAGAGAUGAUACAGGAAAUGUGACAAAGUGGACCUACGAGUUCUGGGAGAAGAAAAUAGAAGACAACUUUGAGAAAUUUUUCUGGAUUAGUGAAGAGCCCCAGCCCAAAAAGGAAACAAACCCAGAGUUGAUAAAUCGACGUGGAAUCUAUAAAGACUCAUUUAAGGCUUCUCAGUUCUGGGCCGAUUAUCAGCUUAGAUGUAACUUCCCAAUCGCUGUCGCUGUGGCUCCAGAAAUGACUUCAUCGAAACAUGCAUGGGUUGCAUUGAAAAAUGCAGAAAAAAUAUUAUUAGGCCCCCUAGGUAUAAAAACUUUAGAUUCCAGUGACUGGGCCUACAGUGGUGACUAUGAUAAUACAAAUGAUUCAGCCGAUCCCAAAAUUGCUCAUGGUUACAAUUAUCAUCAGGGUCCGGAAUGGUUAUGGCCAGUAGGUUGGUUACUACGUGCUCAGCUUGCUAUUGCACCAAAAGUGGGUGGCUAUGAAGAGCUGGGAAGAACAAUGAGUCAUGUUAAAUCUAUUAUUUCAAGACAUUACACUCAUUUGCUGACUGACCCUUGGCGCUCACUACCAGAAUUAACAAAUGCAAAUGGUGCGCACUGCAGUGGAUCCAACCCAGCUCAAGCUUGGAGUACAGGAUGUUUGCUUGAGGUAUUAUGGGAAAUGGAUCACAUAGAAAAGGGUUUGAGGCGCUCUAGCAUGACCGGCAUGUGAAGAGAUCCGGGCUACGCCACCAUCCGUGCACUAGACACAACACAUCAACACCAGAUGCCCACACAUGCACAACAUGCACCAUCACAUCUGUGCCAAACACAUCAAGCCAGUGAUCCCUGGCUUCAUAUUUCCCCAAC